AUGUCGAAAGCUGAGGCAAGUGGUGGGAUGGCCCACAACGCUGGGCCUGAUGAGAAGACAUUGCAGGUGUUGCGGGACAUGGCCAACCGCCUGCGAAUCAUCAGGGCCACAAGUUCCUUGACCACUAGCCAUCUCACAUCUCAGCAGCACAUGUCUGUGCUGUUCUUGUAUACAAUGAUAAAGCAGGAAGACCCCAAAAACCCAGACAAUGACUGAUGCAUCCUUUCAAAGGGACUACCAUUUAAAGUGGCAACAGGAUGGCCUGGGCAAGGACUAGGGGCUGCCUGUGGGAUGGCGUAUACUGGCAAGUACUUUGACCAAGCCAGCUACAGGGUGUUCUGUCUUCUGGGGGAUGAGGAAUCCACAGAAGGCUCUGUUUGGGAGGAAUUUGCCUUUGCAUCCUACUACAGUCUGGACAGUCUUAUGGCAGUCUUUGAUGUGAACAGCAUUGGACACAAUAGCUCCAUGUCUGUUGAGCACUGCAUUGCCAUCUACCAGAAGCGUUGUGAAGCCUUUGGGUGGAAUACUUAUGUAGUAGAUGGUCAUGAUGUAGAGACCCUGUGCCGUGUAUUUCAGGCAGCUCAAGUGAUAGGCAAGCCCACUGCUGUGGUUGCCAAAACCUUCAAGGCCCGAGGCAUGCCAAUUAAGUAUUUCCUUCCUGUGAAUGUUGAAGAUGCAGAAAGUUAGUCUGGAAGGCCAAUGCUAAAAGAAAGAGCAGAUGCAAUUAUCAAAUUAAUUGAGAGCCAGAUACAGACCAACAAAAUUCUUGUACCAUCGCCUCCUAUUGAGAACUCACCUCAAAUUAACAUCAUGGAUUAUAUAUAUAUGGCUUCUCCCCCUGUUUACAUAGCUGAUGACAUGGUGUCUACUCAAAGAGCAUGUGGUUUGGCUCUGGCUAAACUGGGCCAUGAAAAUGACAGAGUUAUUGUGCUGGAUAGUGACACCAAAACCUGCAAUUUUUCUGACAUAUUCAAGAAAGAACACCCAGAGAGAUUCAUCCAGUGUUAUAUUGCUGAACAAAACAUGGUGAGUGUAUCAUACAGGUCUCUCAAGUCCUUUCUCAUUAAGCUAUCAGUAGUCUAUGAAAGGCUUUGUGAUGACAACCCCUACCAUAUGGCCCUGGAAGACCUGGCCAUGUUCUGAGCAAUUCUCGAUUGUAUUGUUUUUUAUCCAAGUGAUGCCAUAUCCACAGCGCAUGCUGUUUUCUUAGCAGCCAAUACUAAGGAAAUGUGCUUCAUUCGUACCAGCCAAACAGAAACUACAGUUAUUUACACCACUCAAGAAACCUUUCAGAUUGGACAGGCUAAGGUUGUCAGAUGUAGUGACAAUUACAAGGUCAUAGUUAUUGGAGCAGGAGUCACGCAUGCAGCCCUAGUGGCUGCUGAUGAGCUCUCUAAAGAAGAUAUCUCUGUCCGUGUCAUUGACUUGUUUGCCAUUAAACCUCUGGACAUUGCCACCAUCAUUUCCAAUGCAAAAGCCACAGGUGGCCAAAUUAUCACCGUGGAGGAUCACUAUCCUGAAGGUGGCAUUGGAGGAGCUGUUUGUGCAGCAGUCUCCAUGGAACCUAACAUUGUGGCUCAUCAGCUGGCAGUGAUGGGUGUGCCUCGGAGUGGAAGAUGCAAUGAAGCACUAGAUUUUUCUGGAAUCAGUUCCAGACACAUCAUUGUGGCUGUGAAAUGCAUCUUAAUGAAUUAA